AAACAACAACAUAUGCUGUAGUCCAGUUUAAUUUAGUCACUACUCAUCAUCUUCCACUUUGCUCUAACUCUCUUCUUUAUUGAUUAUUUAUUAACUAUUAUUAACAUAAAUUCUUUCCACUUGUUUCAUUUUGUCUAGACCGUUCUCCUUGUUUAGUUUGCAUGAUGAGUAGCGAUGGAGUUGAACUUGAUGGAGGGUGUUCAACGCCUAAGCGGUGGGAGUGCCGUAUACCAAGGGCAAUAGUGCCACCGCCACCGCCAAAGAAGAAGCCUUUUUCCUUUCCGGGGAAGGGAAAGGGAAAACGAGAUCCCCCCAAGAAUGGUUAUUUCCAGCCAUCUGAUCUUGAUUUGGAGGAGCUCUUUUUUCUCGUGCAUCCAACUCCAACUACUGCUUAGCUUAUCUUAGCUUAAUAGCUUCUAUAUUAGUUACUUCUCAUAUUAGAGUACAGCCAAUCUCUUCUUAUAUAUAUUACUAGUCUUUUUGGGAGUAAAAUUAUGUAUAUGGUGCAUGGGGAGUAUAUAUGUGUGUGUGUGUGAAUGUAGAUGUUGUAGUUUUUUGUGUCAUGUGCUUAACUGGUUAUGUUAGUGCAUAUAUCAAUAUCAUGUUGUAACUUGAUGCAUGCCACCAUGUUGCUCUAGUAACUCUGCUCAUCAUCUUAUAUAUGGUUGAUCAUUCUUUUC